AUGGAAUCUUCUUCUUUCGUCCUUCCUGUUCAUAAUGCUUCCACAAUACAACAUGUCUCAGCCGACGAAGAAGGUGAAGAAGAUCAUUUCGAGCCACCGAGCGAAGAGGACGUCUUGGUAUAUCAAGCGUGCAUUGCUGACACCGAUGGAUUUGGUGGUUCUGUCACUGACGACUUUAAUACCAAUACAAUAGUAUCAAGAGAUUACCUAUGCUGGUGGUCAGGCCAGUCCCGCACAAAUGGUACGCGAUCUGGAUCUGGCCAUGACAUUGCGGAACAUGGACAAGACGAUUCGAAUGAUAAUCGACAGAAAUUGCAAGGGAGAACUGCCGUGGGACUAUCGGCCAAUCCUGAUGAUGCAAUAUUACAAUUGGAUUGCCAAGAGGAGUCCUUAUCAAAUACGGAUCGAUGCAUGGUGGUCGACGCGGGGUUUUCCGUGUUCUAUUCUGGGGAAUUGCUGGACAAUGACGAGGAUGGUUUGGAAGACAUUUUUCGAAACGAGCUUCAGACGGCCGUAGAGUCGGGAGCACUGAACAGUGCCAACGACCAAAUUGUGAGUAUUCGAAUUACCGAUCCGGCAACCUAUCGACCUUUUCGAGGGGGAGAUGCUGUACAUCCACCCGUUCCUCCAAGUGAAUUGGAUUUGGUACCACGAGACGAUGCAACGUGCCCAUUGUAG